UCUUUCAGAUAUGUUGUCUGUCACUAUUUGACUCAAACCACAAUGGAGGCUUCUGCUCUAAGGAAUAUGCCUAAACUUCUGAAACACUUGGGACGUGGUGUUCCAGCUCCUUCUGAAAUGUCCCAGCAACAGUAUGUUGAAUUUCUCAUGGAGAAUAAAGUCAUGGAGGAUGAUCGACUCAUUGCAUUCAACAAGCCUGCUUUGGUACCUUUCGCUCGACAGCGUCAUGACCUCCUAUCAUCCGAUGCGUCACUCCUGAAGAGCCUGCAAGUCCAUCUAGAUUCCUCUCAUCGUUUCUAUCUUGCCAAGAGUGCUCCUCAGUCCAUGUCUGGAGUGAUGCUACUUGCCAAAAAUGCUAGAGUGUGCAAUGACAUCCGAAGGAGAUUCCACCAGGAGAAAACAGGCGCCAAGAGGAAGAGCUUUGAGGUGGACACAAUUCUAAUCGGCCACAUCCCGGGAAACGUGGGAGCAGAAUUAGAAGAGCUUACCAAAUUUUGGGCUCGUAGGUUGAAAAUAAACGACGUCAACCAACUGGUCCAAACUUACAGCGUCUCAUCCACUGCAAUAAGGAAAGACAAAGUGCAAUUGUCGAAUGGACAGUUCGCAAUUCGGAGUCACAAUGGGAACAGAGUUCACGCAUCACUUCUUGUGGACGGUGUUGCAGACGGGAUCGUGAACAUGUUUGCACUGAAGCACAAAUGGAUGGUUUUAGGAGACCAUUUGUACAGUCACAGCACCGAUUUGUGA